CCACACCCGUUUGUCCCUGCAUCGCAUCGCAUCGCAUCGCAGUCCCGUCUGACCUCAUCACGUAGUGAUUGAUUGAUUGAUCCUGUUCGCCAUCAUGUCCAAGAUCGGCGCGCCAUUCCAGCAAAAGGUCGAGGCAAGCCUGGACCAGCUAACCACGGAGCACGGGAUUCCGGGGGCGGUGUUCAUGGCCGUGGACCGGCGGGGCGCGGUGCUAGCAUCGCACAGCUCGGGGACGAUAGGCAAGAACCAGUCGACGCCAAUGAGCGCGGACGACACAGUCUUCUGGAUCGCGAGCUGCACGAAACUCAUCACGGGCAUCGCGUGCAUGCAGCUCGUGGAGCAAGGCAAAAUCAGCCUCGACGACGCCGACGCGCUGUACGCGGUGCUGCCGGAGCUGCGGGCGAAGAAGGUCCUAGCGCAGGACGGGAAGACGCUCGUCGAUAAGGAGAGGGAGAUUACGCUGCUCAUGCUGCUGAACCAUACCGCGGGGUUUGGCUACUCGUUUUUCAACAAGCGGCUGAAUGAGUACGCCCGCCCGGUGGGCUUGGACGAGUUCUCCGGCGAUGCGCGAGACGUGCUGGACGCGCCGCUGGUGAACCAGCCGGGCGAGCGGUGGGAGUACGGCACGAGCAUCGACUGGGCGGGCCUGGCCGUCGAGCGGCUUUCCGGCCAGAACCUCGACGCCUACUUCACGCAGCACAUCUUCCAACCGCUGGGCAUCGAAAACAUCCGCUUCUUCCCGACCGACACCAUGCGCCGCAACCUCGCGUACCUGCACCAAGCGACGCCCGACGGGGCGAUCCACGAGCGCGACCACCUGCUGCGGCGCAGCGUGAGCGCUAGCACGGCCGGCGAGCGCGCGCAGGUCAUGUGCGCGGGCGGGGCGGGGUGUUUCGCGAGCGCGGCGGAGUAUGCGCAGGUGCUGGCGGCGGUGCUGAACGACGGAGUGUCCGGGAAGACGGGGGCGCGGAUCCUCGCGGCCGAGACGGUCGCGCGCAUGUUCGGCAACACGCUGCCGGAGUGGCCGGAUUUCGGGCGCGUGCCGACCGAGACGCAGAAGCCGGACCUCAGUUCUUCGUUUGCGGAGCAGUACGCGCAGGCGGGCAGCCCGCCGCAAGGGUGGGGGAUUACGUUUCUGCUGAGCAACCUGGACGGGAAGGGGCAUGCGUGGCGCGGGCGCUGCGCGGGGAAUUGGUCGGGCGUGAGCAAUGUCUACUACUGGCUUGAUCGGGAGAAGGGGGUUGCGGGGGUGACGGCGGCGCAGGUGCUGCCGUUUGGGAAUGCGGCGGUGCAGGGGGCGGCGGAGAGGUGCGAGCGGGCGGUUUAUGCUGGGUUGGGUCUUGGGGGUGCGGUGGUGGAGGGGGCGGAGUAGAUGGGGGGAGUGGGGGGGUUUUUUUUUUUUGCUCUUUGUCUCUUUCUGUCUUUGCUCUCUUCCUUUCUCUCUCUCACUUUCUCUUUACCUCGAGCGAGCGAGCGAGCAUGGAUCUCUUGAGUGAUGGUGGGUGGCGUCGUGGUGGUGGUGGUGGUAGUGGUAAAUGCGGCGCCGCAGCGCACGGAGACGUGGGAGUUGGCGCCGCAGCGGGUUCAGCAGAUCGUCGAUGCCGGUGUGGUGUGCAGCGCGGCUCGUGCUGGAGUCGGGGGGGCGAAGGGGUGCGGCUACUCCUUCUCCUACUCCGACUCCUAUUUGAUGUUGCGUCGUCGUGUCGCAGGUACAUACGUUACUCCGAGGUGGUUAGGUUAGUAUAGGAGGAGAGUUUCAAAUUGAGACAAUCCCCUAUUUGGAUCCUACG